UUUUUGGGUGAAUACCUACAGUUAGUAUUUUAUUCUGCUUUAUGAUGGAAAAUCAGUCAUGACAUAGUCAGGCUUUCACUUCCAUUCCACAUUGUUUUUAUUUUAUUCCCAAGUUAUUUUCCUGGAAAGAUUUGUACAUACCAUUGAGAGUAUACCCAUUUUCAAAUUUGAUCAAACCAUUUCAUCAAAUCUAAAUCAAAUCAAGGGAUUUGUAAAAAAAAUUCACCAAAUAUUCAACAGUCAUAUUUUUAAUGAAAUUUCAAAAAGAGUAAUUAUUGAAUAUGCGUUUCUUUCAUUAAAAAUAGUUAAAACAGAUCUUUAGGAUAUGUUUGGAUUUUUUUAGAAAGAUUUGAUGAAAUAAAAGAGAGUAAGGUUUGAGUGUUCCAUAUUAGAUCAAGCUUUUAACCAAAAUUUCUCUAAAAUUUGAUGAAAAAAAGAGACUAGGGUUGGAGAUGCUCUUAGUGUAGUGAUCCUGCUCUUAUUUGUAUCUCAGUUAUGUUGCAUCAAAUCUAGGCAGCAAUUGCAAAUAACACUUCCUUUUAUUCUUUUUUAAAUGGAAGAGGAUACUAUUCAUAACUGAUUGCAUCAAAUACUAAAUUACACAAAUACUAAAUUCAAAUACAUGAUUGCAAUCACCAAAUACUAAAUCUAGGCAGCAAUUGCAUAUAACACUUCCUUUUAUUUGUUUUAUUCUUUUUCAAAUACUAAAUUCACCAAAUACAUGAUUGCAUCAAAUUCUCCAAAUAGAAGAACUGAUAUUUGAAAUUGUGUAUCCAGGAACCUUUCGUAAACAUUCCAGAGGAUACUAUUCGUGAAGCACUAAAAGUUAUUCUUGAUGAAAAGAAUCACCCCCUUUUGAUCCAUUGCAAGCGAGGAAAGACAUUCGAUUUGAGUUUUUGUUUAUGAUAGGCAUGCUGUAAAAGAGAUGGAAGAAAGUCCCUCAUCAACAGCUUAGGGUGGGAAAAUAACUGGAAUCAAGUUUGGUUUGGAUUUGUGUGUGUUUGGAUUUGUUAAAAUAAUCAAUUGGUUUUGAAUUGGACAUGGGGGGUUUGCUUUUGGUUUGAAAAUGUUGGAAGAUUUGGCAUUUGUUUUCAAAAUUCUCACCAAAGGUCUUUACUAUAUUUAACAAGGCCAUGAUUUUUGCUGUGGAUUGAUUUUUAAGUUUUAUUUUUUUUUGGUUAGUUUGGUAUGAGCUAAAAGCCUCUUUUGGUACCCCACAGGGCAUGGAUGUUUGGGAAUUUUGGUUUUAGGGAUGUUUGGGUUUGUGUUUUCUAAACCUUAAUCCAUAUAUUCAAUGGAAUCACAGUUGAUAUAUACCUCAAUUUGGUUUGUUUCUAAGAUUUGGGGUUCUAUUUGUUUUCUAAGAUUUGUUUUUUUAAACAUUCAAAUUGGAAA